AUGGAUGGAGAAGGCGCCACAAACCCCUACGGCGUGAUCUUUGCCUGCACUUGCGGCAUCAUAGUGGGCAUCGGCUUCUGCGCCAACCUCCUGGCCUUCCCCCUCUUCGCCAAACACAAAAACCUUCGUAAAAACCGCCUGGACGUUCUCCUCCUCAGCAUGGCUCUGGCCGACCUCCUCAUGCUACUUCUCAUCCCCUUCACCGUCCACUCGGCGCUGACUUUCUCCUGGCCCCUAAACAACACAUCCUGCAAGGUCUAUCAGUUCCUGCUGGCGUUCUCUCUGGCCGCCAGCACGUACUCCCUGUGCAGCGUAUCUAUGGUUCGUGCCAUGAUCAUCACCAACCCCUAUCGUCCACCAACUAUGGACCUUGUGGUGCUUAUGUUAGUUCUGGUCUGGGCUCUGAGUUUCUUUAUAAGCCUGCCAUUGCGUAUUUUUGCCACUAAAGAAAGCUUAGGACCGGGUUUGAGCAACUGCACUGUUUGUCUGCCAACUACUCAAGAACAUCACUACCAAGUCGUCCUCAGCCAGUUUGUGCUUUACUAUCUAAUACCAAUGCUGGUUAUUGCUGUAAACUCAGCACGUAUGGCUGUUUUUCUGCACAGGAGGCCUGUUUUGUCCCUCGCCAGCACCCGUAAUACAAGGCGGGCGUCUUUAAUGGUGUUUUCGGCAGCUGGGAUGUUCUCCUUGUGUUGGCUGCCUGGUUAUGUUCUGGAGUUGUGUGUGUAUUUGGGACUUUACCGGCACGGACGCUCGUGGGAGAUGUUUCACUUCACCUGCACGGUACUCCAGUAUCUGCACCCCUGCGUGAACCCCGUCCUGUAUGUUCUGCUGUCCAAACGCUACAGGAGAAAGAAAGACUGGCUGUUCAGGUGCAAUAGGAAACGGGUCCAUCCGCAGGUCAUCGGCGCCAUGGAAAGUUUCUGA